UUAUCCAAUGAUACCCUGAACACCAAACAUUUUUCUUUAUUCACUUAUCUCAUCUGUUGCCUGUGAGUUUGCUGACUGAACAUUUACUGUUAUUGUUUUUUUAGAACAUCAGAUGUAGAUCUACAUCAGCAGUUGAUUAAUUUCAGCAGAAAUCUGACAAUGAAGCUGGUUUCAGUUUUCCUCCUCCUCCUGGCUCCACUGUUGGCCAGCUGCCAGAAGCUCCUCCAACCGGUAGACUGCAGUGCCAUCUAUCAGCAAGACAAAAGCACACCCAGUGGAGUGUACACCAUCUAUCCCCCUGGAAAGGGGUCUGCUGUUGAGGUGUACUGUGACAUGGCUUCAGAAGGAGGACGGUGGACGGUGUUCCAGAGGAGGAUGGACGGCACGGUGAACUUCUACAGGGGCUGGGAUCAAUACAAGACCGGCUUUGGUAGCGCUGCUGGAGAGUACUGGCUCGGUCUUGACAACAUCCACUACCUGACAAACAACAAGAAGAGUGAGCUGCUGGUCGACAUGGAGGACUUUGAGGGGAGAAAAGUGUUCGCUCGGUACUCUUCGUUCUCCGUUGGGACAGAAUGUGACGGAUAUGUGCUGAGUGUGUCUGGAUUCAUUAAUGGAGGGGCAGGAGACUCUCUGAGUUUUCACAACGGAAUGAAGUUCACCACCCUCGACAAAGACCAGGACACCUGGCCUGGGAACUGUGCCAGAUCAUUCCUGGGGGCGUUCUGGUAUGCCGCCGGUCACUAUGCAAAUCCGAACGGCGUUUAUCGUUGGGGGACUGACAGCACUAUCUUUGCUGUUGGAGUGAUUUGGUACCAAUGGAAAGGUCAUGACUACUCCCUGAAGACCAUCAGCAUGAAGAUCCGUCCUGUGCUUUAGUUCUCCAGGACCAACGUCGAGCAGAAUCUCAGCUCAUCUCCUGUGAUUUAUUUCUCUUUCUCUCAUUAAGUAUUUUAUGUAACAACAGGUCUUAUUUUCCUGAAACUGGGCACCAGCACAAGAAAACCAACUGAUGUUUGAAAUUGUAGCGCUCCCCUCAGUAUUUAUAUUGAUGAGGGCUGGGCUUUUGGGUUCUUUUAAGAUAUUUAUCAAAUGUGUUUUAACCCUGAUCAACUCAAUCAAUGAAGGAACACUGUCAGUGUUUGUUUUUAGAAAUUGGCCAAUAAUCCAUUUUUAGCACGGUGUGGUCAGAUUUUUGAGGCAUCAGUAACAAGAACCGCUGUUUUAAUGCAAGACAAAUAUCCUUCAUUUUUUCACAUCAACAUUUCACAUUUUUGUAUUGUCCCAAAGUCAAUAACAAAGUCAAACUGUGCAAAACGCAUGUUUUAUUCUUUUUUGGGAACUCUCUUUUUUUUAGUACACAUUUGAAA